AUGUCGACACCAGAUGAAUCGCCUGCUCAGAAAGCAGCUCGCCUGCGACGUGAGCGCCGUGAGGCUAAGAUCAGGGAUGGAGGCUCCGCUCGCCUGGACAAGAUCACCAGUCUAAGCGGUCGCACCCCGCAAUCAGAGCGCGAAGAAGGGUCACCCUCUCCUCAACCCCCCCGAAACGCAGUCUCUCCCUCUCCUCCCCCAUUCCAACAGAACCAGCCAUCCAUGCAGGACCAGCAGUCAAUCGAGGCUCUCCAGGCACAACAAGAUGCCUUCCGCGCAAUGCUUCGCCAAGCAGCACCCGUAGUGGAGGAGAAUCAAGACGCCACUGCCAAUGACCUCGAGGACCCAACUCUCAAACUCCUCAACUCCCUUCUAAACGGCAUGCCCAUGCCCCCCAUGCCCGGCAACGGUGAUCCCAACGCACCUCCUCCUCCGCCGGGAUUCGGAGGUGGAAUGCCAGGCCAGGGAGCGCCAGGACCGGGACUUUCAUCAGCAGCACUCAUUGCCUCUUCGCUGGGCUUGCCGCCCUUUGUCGCAAACUUGGUCGGCGAAUACUUCCAGACUACAGAGGAGGACCCGAAGAGCGUGCGGACGUGGAAGACGCUCCACGUUCUUUUUGCGCUGGGCGUGGCUUUCUACCUUCUAUUUAUCAUUGGGGCAUCUAUUGCAUUGUUUGGAAGCCCGCCGCCAAAGCCUGCGACGGUGCAGAACCCGUUCGUGAUUUUCGUUACUGGCGAGUUGCUCCUGUGUGGAGGACGGGUGUUGGUUGGUGGGCAGAAAGGGCUGCGCGCGGCCAUCAAGAUUGGCAAGGAUGUUGUUCGGGAUGGUAGCCUUGUUGUUUUUGCAUUGGGCUUGGGUAGCUGGUACACUCGUGAUUGGCAAGUUACGGGAGGGUACUAG